AGUAUAUUUAUAUGGAUAAUUUUCGUCAAGGGAAUUUGUAUUUUCCAGAAAAUUAAUUGAAAAAAAUGGAUAUACCAGAAUCGAAUACCAAUAAUAUGUCGCCAACCGAUGAGGCAUUGUCAUUAAAUACAAUUGCAACAAUAAUGCGAGCUUGUAAUGAUAUACAAGUUACAGACGAGGCGUUAUUUUUGACUGCAGAAGCUACAAAAAAGUUCAUAGAGUACAUCACUAAGGAGUCAUUUGGAAAGGCUGAUAAAAAUAAUGAACUUAAAUAUGAGCAUUUAGCUGAAGUAGUAGAGAGCAAUCAAUCCAUUAAAUUUCUGCAAGAAAUAGUACCAAAAAAAGUUAAAUUUAACGAACUGCAAGAAUAUCUAAAGGAUAAUGCUAAAAAAAAUUAA